UGCACCUGCUGUUCCUUGUCACUUUAUUUUUAAUUUCACAGCGGUUGGAAUAUUAUUUCAGCUGGAGAGUCUUUGAGGAAGCUGGAAAUGUUCUCACAACGGAGGUGUGGUGUCAUUACACGACCUGUGCUUUUUUUCCCGUUAACAUAAUUUGGAAAGAAAGAUUCAAUCUAAUUUUAGCUAACAUUAGCUUAGCUGGCUAAUUUUCGUUUACCGUCUGUGUUAAGCUAGCUAACUGAGAGCUAGCUGUGAGAAUUUGUUCUUAACUAACAGAUGUGAGGACCAUUUUUUUCUCCUUGUCCAGCUCCUUCAGGUGUUUCAGUAACUCAGGAGCAUCUUGAUAACACCAGGAAGAUCCUCAGUCAGAUAACAGCGACACCACCGACAGACCGUGGGAACAUAACAGCUCAGGGUGUGAGUGUUGCAGCAGGCGGGCAGAGGCGCAGCGGCACUUUGCAGGCUGCUGCUGAUGGAGAAGGUGGGAUGAGGCUCCACUCAUGGCCGUUGUAAAGAACUGUUUGUGUCUGCAGCGCCAGCAUCAGCAGUGUUUGUAAAGGCGCUUUGUGCAUCGCUAAUCCGCUCUGAUGUCACGGUGGAGAAGGAGGGGCUGAACGAGCUCUCCGCUUUAAUCCGAGCAAGUUGUCUGGAGGGACAAGCCGAGCCAAGCCAAGCCGAGCCAAGCGAGCAGGCACGGGAACAGGGAGCGAUGUGUACUGCAGCAGCCGAACCCGGGCCUCUCCUCCUCUGACAUGCAGGCCGUGCUAUGAGCAGGGUUUUCUUGGAGACAAGAGGAGCAUGUUCUGAAAACUGGAGUCGGAUCACACCCCAGCCAUGAGCCACAAGUAUCAGGGAGAGUCGUCCGUGGAGGCAGGUGAGGAGCACAGGUUGCCUCCGAGGAACAGGCAGCCCAACGGGACGUCACCCGGGGAACCUCCUGUACGUCGGUCCUGGAGGCCAUGUCAGAUGCUCAGCCAGGAUGGAGAACUGAAUCACCAUCACCAUCAUCAUCAUCACCAUCAUCAUCAGCCACAUCACCAACACCACCCACCCACAGGUCGCGGACCUCAUCGGCAUCGCAGGCGGCCUCCAUCAGGGCAGGGACAGGGCCAAAGCCAGGGUCAAAGCCAGGCUCAGAGUCCAGGUCAGGUCCCGGCAGUAACUCCUCCCAGGCCAGACAGGGACGAGAGUCGAGAUGCUGAGCCUCGUCCUGUCCAGCAACCCCGUCCUGCUGUCACCCGUUACCGCCGUCAUGGCGACCCUAACCCCAGGCUCAGAGGUCACAGACACAGGCAGCCAGUCAAAGAGAUGCAGGACCUUUCACCUGGUGCAGAUGAGAGAGAGGGUCCAGCAGAGGUGAAGGCGCAACAGCGCUCCUCAGAAGAUCCUGUAACCGACCAGUUACAGGACAGAGGAUCUCCUCACCAGACUCCUGUUGCAGUCGUCACCCCCACCCACCUCUCACCUGGUCCUGCAACCUGUAACAUACAACUUCCUGCCAGUCACACUCCUCCUGUUGAGGAAGAAGAGGACCUCCAGGAGCAUAAAGCAGAGUGUGAAGACGAGCUGGAGGAGGUAAAGGAGAAGGACGAAGAACCAGAACAGGUGGAGGAUGAUGAUGGAGACCACCACUUGACCACAGGUCACUCCAGCUGCAGCCAUAAUGACACGAAAACAGUCAGUGACGAGGCAGAGGAACGUGCAGAGAGGGUGGAGGAGGAUCAAGAGGAAGUGAUGGAUGACGUUGCGGAGGACAUCGCAGCUCAGGGAAGUGAAAUCACUGAUCUCUGCUCUGACACUGAGAGCGCCGCCUCGCUCAGUAUGGAUGGGCCUCUCCACAGCCCGCCGCCACUCCACUCCCCGACUCCUCCUUCGUCCCCUGAUGUUCCACCUUUCCCCCAGCUGGACCACUUCAGCGAGGACGCCAGUAUGAGCCCUCUGCCCGACAAUGACCUGCUUCCUGAAGAUGAAGAUGAUUGCUCUGAAUCAUGCUCGCUGUCUCACCCUUCCUGCUCUGACUCUUAUCCUAAAACCUAUGCAGACUUUUAUACGGAGUCCCACCAAAAAUCGUACCCAGAGCCUGUCUACGAUUCGUACUCAGAGCCAAAAUCCCAUCCUAACUCUUUCCCUGAGCCCCUUAAGACCUCCUACCCCGAGGUACACAGAGAGCCUCGCAGGCAAUCUGGUCGGAGGACUGAGUCUAAUGAGGCCCAGCAGGAGUCCCGCCAAGAGCCCCGCCAAGAGCCCUUUACCAGCCAUAGACAGGAGAAUGUACAAAAGGGAGCUCCAUCCUCCCCCACCAAGGGCUCCCAUUAUGCCCCAAGGCAGGGCAGAAACCACAGCUCGCAUCACGCCCCGCUGGACCGCUCUGUUGGCUGCAGGUUGCACCACUAUGACGGGCAAUCUGAUGGCGAGGGGGACAGCACCAAUCAAAGUCCCAUUCCCAAGAGUCGUAGGCAGGCACCCAGAAAAGCAGAAACCCAGGCCAAGAGCCCCUCGUCUGGGCAGAGCAGCUCAGGAGAAGCCCAGGAGGAGCGAAGUGCGAUGGGUCUUCAAGGGGAGGAUGGUACGAGGGGCUCAGGAGACGCCAUCAGCAUGGCAAUUAAAGACAUUAAGGAGGCAAUCGAGGAGGUGAAGAUUAAGACAAUACGCUCCCCUUACACACCUGAUCAGCCUGUGGAGCCGAUUUGGGUGAUGAGGCAGGAAGUCAGCCCCACAGAGGAGGCGUACCCACUGCAGACUACAGCCGGCCAUUCUUCUCCUCACUCCCCUGCUCAGUCUGUGUCUGAGUCUCCGUCCAGAUACGCUUCAGUCCCGGUUCGGGAGCCGGUCAGUCCACUGAGAGCCGAGUCAGCCAGAGCACUUCAUCCUCAACAGUAUCACCAACAGCAGCCCCAACACAACCAUCACCACCACCAGGGCCACCAUUCACAGCAGAGGGACACCGCCAGGCCGCCACAGACAUACGCACAGCAGCAACCGUAUGGACACGUGCCGUCGAAUCAGCACCACCAACGUCAACAUCAGCAGCAGAUUCAACAUCAACAACAGCAGCAGCAGGUGCCAGCUCAGCGGCCACGACCUCCAGCUCAGCCACAGUCGCCUCCGCAGCCACCGUCUGUCCAGGAGCUUCGCAGAUCUCUUCCUUCAUUCCCUACAUUUGUGGAUGUCCCGGGACCAUGCGACCCUGAGGACCUUAUUGACGGCAUCAUCUUUGCAGCGACCUACCUGGGCUGCACCCACCUGUUAUCAGAGAGGACGCCCACGAAGAGCGCCCGCAUGCAGCAGGCACAGGAGGCCAUGAGCAGAGUGCGGGCUGCACAGAAGCAGGCGAAAAACAGGAAGAAGAGCCCCGACAGCGAGGCUCCGUCCACUGCUGAGGUCGAUCUGUUCAUGUCCACGCAGAGGAUCAAAGUCCUCAAUGCAGACACUCAGGAGUCUCUAAUGGACCUGCCGCUGAGGACGAUCUCCUACAUAGCUGACAUCGGUAACAUGGUGGUGCUGAUGGCCCGGGGGAAGAUGGUGCGCUCCCGCAGCGCACAGGAAAACCUGGACCACACAGCUGAGCAAACCACCAUGAACCACGACGACAGACGGCUGUACAGGAUGAUCUGCCACGUCUUCGAGUCUGAGGAUGCCCAGCUGAUAGCUCAGUCUAUCGGUCAGUCUUUCAGCGUUGCCUACCAGGAGUUCCUCAGGGCCAACGGCAUCGACCCCGAAGAUCUGAGCCAGAGGGAGUACAGCGACUUGCUCAACACUCAGGACAUGUACAAUGACGACCUCAUCCACUUCUCAAAGUCAGAGAACUGCAGAGAUGUUUACAUUGAGAAGCAGAAAGGAGAGAUCCUGGGUGUGGUGAUCGUGGAGUCGGGCUGGGGGUCCAUCCUCCCCACCGUCAUCAUUGCCAGCAUGAUGCACGCUGGUCCGGCUGAGAAGUCUGGUCGACUAAACAUCGGAGACCAGAUCAUGACCAUAAACGGAACGAGUUUGGUGGGUUUACCGCUCAGCACCUGUCAGAGCAUCAUCAAGGGUCUCAAGUCUCAGUCCAGGAUCAAGAUGAACAUCGUCAGGUGUCCUCCUGUCACCAUGGUGCUCAUCCGCAGGCCGGACCUCAGAUACCAGCUGGGCUUCAGUGUCCAGAAUGGCAUAAUCUGCAGCCUGAUGAGGGGAGGCAUCGCUGAGAGAGGAGGCGUCCGUGUCGGUCACCGCAUCAUUGAGAUCAACAGCCAAAGCGUCGUGGCAACGCCUCACGAGAAGAUCGUUCAGAUUCUGUCUAAUGCCAUGGGAGAGAUCCACAUGAAGACGAUGCCUGCAGCAAUGUACCGUCUGCUGACAGCACAGGAGCAACCUGUCUACAUCUGAACUCACACUUCUUCACAUUACUCUCCAUCUUUACUACCGUCCAUCCAUCUUUUCGUUGUUUUAAAUACCUUUCUCCUCUCUGUAUCCUGUUUGAUAUCACUUGACUUGCCUUAAUCUGUACAGUACACUGUCAUGGAAACAUGUACAUCUACAGUAUGACAGCAGAAGACAGAUUACCACACUAGGCUGAGUGUUAACGUGAUGUGUUAUGUUUGACCAAAGAAAAAUUGUGGAUUUUUUUGUGAAUAUUUAGGUGGCAAACAGAGUAAAUAUUACCUUUGGUUUAAUAGCUGUAAUAUCUGAAUGUACUCUAAUCAUGUUGGACCUAUAAAUUGUCAGGGUGACCCAAAUGAUAAAGAACUUUUAAACUGAACUGGUCAAGUUGAAGGGGAUAUGCAUGUACAAUUCUGCUGAAUAAACUCUGAAGAAAAAGCAGUGGUCAGUAAAGUCAUGU